AUUCCAGAUUGAGAAAGGAAGUGCCAGUGCAUGGGUUGUUAUUAUCAAAGACAGACUACUGUACGUGGUCCUGGGCUUUUGCUUCUUUCCUUUCCUUGAUUUGUUUGCAUAUUGUGGAAAUUGUUCUAGCUGGCUAAGGGAAAAAAUUACACUUCCUUCUCUGAUGACUUUGUGGUUCCAGACCAGGAAAUCGUGAAGCAGACUGAUCUGCAUUUCUCAGGAGUGCGGACGCAUUUUUAAAAGGCAGCGCAAGUGAGGGAGGAGAGAGAGAAGAGGGGGAGAGAGAGAGAGUGAGUGAGAGAGAGAGAGAGAGAGAGAGAGAGAGAGAGAGAAAGAGGAAAGACUGCGCGAUUUUCUAUGUUUGCGCGCAGCCUGUGUCUUGUGUAGCGGUCCGCGGAGCUCAUGGAACAGUGAACAUGGCUGCGAAGGACGAGCUCUACUCCAAAGUGACUCCCAGGAGGAACAAGCAGAACCGACUAGGGACUAUCAAGCAUGGAUCGUCUCUCGAUGUGCUGCUGUCAAUGGGCUUCCCCCGGUCCAGGGCUCAGAAGGCCCUGGUCUCAACAGGAGGAAGAAGUGUCCAAGCAGCAUGUGACUGGUUGUUUGCCCAUGUUGAUGACCCAUUCCUGGAUGACCCCCUUCCCCGGGAAUACGUCUUGUACCUGCGCCCAACAGGCCCCCUUGCACAUAAGCUCUCUGAAUUUUGGCAGCAGUCACGGAUCUCCUGUGGUAAAAACAAGGCACACAAUAUUUUCCCACACAUUACGCUGUGCCAGUUCUUUAUGUGUGCCGACGGCAAAGUGGAUGCCCUAUGUGAUGCCCUGCACAGUGUCGUAAUCAAGUGGCGCAGCAAGUUCCCUGUCCCUCUGCCUCUGGAACUUUAUACGUCCUCCAACUUUAUUGGGCUGUUUGUUGAGGAGCAGUGUGCCGAGGAGCUCAAAAAGUUUGCUGCUGACUUUGCCUCAGAAGCUGCCUGCAAAGCAGAUGUCCAUGUGGAACCACAUAAGAAACAACUCCAUGUCACCCUGGCAUACCACUUCCAAGCUAACCAUCUGGGUACUCUGGAGAAACUGGCCAAGACUAUUGAUAUCAAGUUGGGCUGUGAUUGGGUGGCAGCUCUUUUCUCUAGGGACAUCCGUUUUGCGAAUCAUGAGACUUUAAGAGUGAUGUACCCUUACACACCUCAAAAUGAAGAUGAGCUAGAGCUGGUGCCAGGAGACUUCAUCUUCAUGUCACCAAUGGAGCAGACCACCACCAGUGAGGGCUGGAUCUAUGGUACCUCACUGACCACUGGCUGCUCAGGCCUCUUACCAGAGAACUACAUCCUUCGGGCAGAUGAGUGUGACACCUGGAUUUUUCAUGGGUCUUAUUCGUUCCUCAACCUAGGUUCACCAAUAGGAUUUGGCAUGAGUGACAGGGCCUUGGAUGGCAAGCUAUUAGAAGAACAUGGCCCAGCCGAGUCUCCCAGUCUCAGUGUGAUCUGUCAGCCAAUGCAGGUACUGCGGCUAAACCCUCACACACAAAUGCCAAAGCGCUGCCUAUUUGUGUGCCGACAUGGUGAAAGGAUGGAUGUUGUAUUUGGAAAGCACUGGCUUUCACAGUGUUUCGAUGUGAAAGGUAGAUAUGUUCGUACGAAUUUAAACAUGCCUGCCAGUUUACCUCAGCGGAGUGGUGGAUUCCGGGAUUAUGACAGAGAUGCACCCAUCACAGUCUUUGGGUCAACGCAAGCCAGGCUAGUAGGAGAGGCUUUGCUGGAGAGCAACACUGCUGUUGACUUUAUCUACAGUUCCCCCUCAUUGCGUUGUGUGCAGACUGCUCAUAAUAUACUAAAGGGAAUGCAACAAGAAAAUAAACUGAAAAUUCGAGUAGAGCCUGGACUAUUUGAAUGGACUAAAUGGGUAUCAGGUAGCACUUUACCAGCCUGGAUUCCCUUGGCAGAUUUAGCUGCAGCCAAUCUGAGUGUGGACACAACAUACAGACCUCACAUACCAAUCAGCAAACUAGGAGUUUCUGAGUCCUAUGAGACCUACAUCAGCAGGAGUUACCAGGUGACAAAGGAAAUCCUGUCAGACUGCAAAAGCAAAGGUAGUAAUAUUUUGAUUGUAGCACAUGCUUCGUCUCUAGAAGCCUGCACUCGCCAGCUCCAAGGUCUGCCCCCUCAGAACUCCAAGGACUUCGUGCAAGUUGUUCGGAAGAUUCCUUACCUGGGUUUCUGUGCUUGUGAUGAACUUGGUGAUACUGGAGUUUGGCAGCUGGUGGACCCCCCCAUCCUACCCCUAACCCAUGGGCCAAAUCAUUGCUUCAACUGGAGAGAGACCCUAUUGGACAACUGAUUGCAAGGUUGCCCAAGGAUUCAGCUGUAAAAGUCAAGUUCUCCAAAUGCUUUAGCCCUCUUGUCACCACAUUGUGCCAAUGUGGCAAACAAAUCAACAUCACAUCAUCUCUCUGUGUCUUUAGUGUUCAAACAGUUUGGCUCUAAAAAACUGUUUCUAAGUAACCAAGCAUUGGGUGCCAUCCUGCUUCAUGGCACAAUGCCUCUUGAUUUUUGUUGAAUGUGCUCAGUCUCACCACAGAAUUGCCUUUGCACGGUGAAACAAAGGGAGUGAGCAUUACUGCACUUUGGAAAGUGGUGAAAAACCUGUAAGUGUUUGGUUUCACUUACCUCACCAUACCUUCCUCCAAUGCUUUUCGUGAUAUUUGUAGCAUUUUGUGUCUCUGACCAUUUUUUAAUUCACUAAGUUGUGAAGCCAUGGGGUGAAGGGCAGGGUACAAGUGUUGGAGGAAUCUGGCUUUUCUCUGAAACAGUACAAGUCUUUGGUUGCUUGAGCAGCCUAUACUUAGACUUGGAGAGCAUCAAGUUACAUACAGAAGGGGUCUAAAUUGUUUUCUUAGUAUGGUGGAGAAAAGCAGAGCAAAUGUGAUGAGCUGUUUAUGGUGCAUGUUAGUGUGGAAUCUAUGUCACAUUGAAGUCAGUGUCUUAAAUAGUGUAUUCACAACACCUGGAAGAAACAUGUCUCUGAUCCUGUAUAUUGGGUAGUUAGUUAUGGCGUAUAAAAGUUCAAAUGUUUAGCCAGUUCCCAAAGAUACGUCUCAAAAGGGACCUUGGUUUUUCUGAAAUUUAGCAGAAACUGGAAUCUGUGACUAAUGCAAUUACUUUUGAGAGCUCUGCAAGCUGUUCUAUGCAGGAAGGUAUAGCUAUUUGUGAAAUAAUUUAUUUUUUUGAUGUUAAAUGCUGGGUGUGGGUGGGAUGGGUUGGGGUGUAUGAAAUUAUACUGGAGAAAAUUCCAGCACUUCCAUGGAAAAUAUGAUUUGUGAAACUUGAGAAGCGCACUUUCAUCUGUGGUUUCCCAGGCACAGCAGCACCCAAAUAGUAGGUUUGCUCCUUUAUAUUUUCAGAAAUCUAUCAUUAAAUCUAUGGAUCCCAAGUUGAAUAACCUGAGAUGACAAUACUAAAAAAACAAAAAAAAAAACAAAAAAAAAAAAGCCUACCACUGCAGCACUGCACUUCAAGUAUGCCAGUUUCCCUUUGGGAGGCCAAAGAUAAGCUCUUCCACCCAUCAGUCACCAUCCAUCCAGCCAAACCUGCCACCCUUUAACUUUUGACAUUUAAAUAGUUUUACUGGGGAGUGAGAUGAGACUCUUGUGACAUAUGUAUAAUUUAUUGCGUGUAGGCAGGGCCUCUUUGCACAUGGACUAACUUCAGAAUACUUCAUCUAAUAGUUGGCUUUUAAUAUUGUCAAUUAAAAUGUCUGGGUAACGCCUUGAGCUUAGCUUUGUCUGCAGUGGCUUUAUGCACUAAGAGUAUUUAAUUUUAGGCAGUAUAAUUAAAUUUCAGUAUACUAUUUUGAAACAUUUUUGUGCUAUAGGUUCAACAGGAUGUUUAAUAUGUAUUUUGUAAAUUGUGAACUUAUCAUCUUUAAAUGACUUUAAUUUUUUUUUCUUUUUUGCCUUGACUAUCGUUGGCUCAUUUAAUUAUUUCCCUUAUUCAUUCAUUCAGUUAUUUUCAAAACUUGAUCAUUCAUUUCAAUUCAGAGGGAGGUGGAUCUCAUCCUAAUGGCCCUGAUUGAAAGGCUGGUACAAAGUUUGAAUAGAACGACAUUCUAUUAGAGCUCCCAUACUGCCCGACUAUAUUUUCUGAAAGUCACCUCUAUUCUUAUGCUGCAAAAUAUGUUAUUAUUUAUAGCCAAAAUGUAUUCUCAUAUUCCUUUAUCUCAUGUCAGUUUCAAAAUGAUUUUUCUCAUUUACAAAAAGUGUUCUAAAGAUUUAAGAUUUGACUUUUUUUCUGAAAUAUAUUAUCAUGUUUAAACUAGUGAUCUAUUUUAAAGAACUGAUUCCAUUCAUAAAACAGGCUACUUUUCUCACAAAAUACUAUCUCUUAAAUUCUAUUAUCCUUUUUCAAUGACUUACUGACUCAUGGCAAAGAAGUGUUACGUCAUCCUGUAUGUCUUCUUACCACUUCCCAUCUAGGUGUUAAUUUAACAUUUGUAGAUUACUUUGGUGCUAUUCAUAUAAUCUUUUUAAGAAAUUUGAAUGCUAUGUUUACCUCAGGAUCUCUUUAACCCACUUGAGUUUAACUGCAGUAAGUUCAAAAAACAUGUAUUGAAAGAAUUCCUAAUGCUCACUGCCACCAAGUGUGUUUUUGUACCUUGAAGUAUCUCAACCCUCGGUGAGUUCCUUCUGCUUACUGUAGUUCUGCUGUGUGAGAGAGAAUGCAGUUGAACUCAUAUUUAAUCUAUAAAAGAGCAAUUCUGAGUAAACGGGAAAGACAGAGAAAAAGACGAUCUGUUUUACUGUUCAAAGCAUAUAAUUUCAGGUUUUAUCAUACGUAUUAUCUAAAUGACAAGGAACAGAGUGACUGCAGGAUUUCUCAAAGAGAAAUCUGUCUUAAUUUUGGCUGAAAAAGGUGUUGUAGUUAACUCGUUUGUUAGUCAUUUUACUGUUAGUUGACUCUUCUAAAAAUAUUUUUAUUAAGCCAAAAGAAAACAUAAGAAAUGUUCAAAAAUGUGUUCCUCCGAUAUGCAGUGUAAUGGAAUUCAUAUAGUAACAACAGUAAUCAUUAACUAGAAAAUAUCCUUGUGUUAAUUAAAUGGUGCCUUCUGCACUAAAACUGAGUUUUGGGAAAAGAAAGUAAAGUGCAAAACACAUGUCCUAAUAACAUAAAGUACUUGGUAAGGCUGUUUGUACCUUAGAAGAUGAUCAAAUUGUAGUCAGUACACACUGCAUCGCAGGCAGUUAGGCAAAACAUGGCACCAUUAUGGGAGAUGUCUUCAGAAUAUUGUAGAUCAGGGGAUAUGCAGCUUAGAGUGUUGUGUAAAUGCAGCUUGGUUAAUGCAGUCAAGUAAAGUAUAUAUCCAAGCCUAAAGUUUUACUAUCUAAUUUUUUCAAAUAGUCUUAUGGAUGUUGUUUCCAUCAUUUAUUACUUAAUUUACAGCACAUUCUUAUGUCAUGCCCAAGACUUCCAUAUUGCCUUUUGUGUGAAUAAGAAUGAGGAAUACUUACAGUCUUGUGCAUUUCAUGAUGAGUGUCAUCCUGAAAGACUACUCAUGCAAAGCACAGACUUUCUUAAAUAGAUGUGAUAGUGGCCAUGUUCAAAGGGAGAAAAGGUUGGCACAUGGUGCUCUUUAUUUCCUCCCUGCUUUAGUCCAUAGGCCUUCUGAAUCUCUAGCAGGUAAUGCAACUCACUGGUGGUUCAUUUGCUUCUGUCAUGGCAGGUUGACAUAUGUAGUUCCUGGCACUGAGUGCCUGGUUGGGCUCUGCCCUUCGUAAGUGCCAUCCAUUUUUGCCUGUAGACCCCUGUCAACUACACCACCCAUCACAGUGGAAAUCUUGUGACUCCCAUUUUUUCCCUUUACAACACUUUUUAACUGGAGAAUGAGCUUAAGUGAACGUGUCAUUUUCUUGUUUCUGUUUUUAAUAGUUCAAUACAAAACCAUACAAUAUUUAUUUCUUUAGCUCUACUGGGGAAUUUACCAAAGAUUUGCAUAAUAUGUUCAAAAGAAUUGAAUAGUUUUAUUAAGCUUUUGUGUUAAUUUUCUGUUAACUCAUUUUUAAAUGCAUAUUUUAAUAAACUGGUGCAAAUGUAAUUGAAUUAAUAGUCCCUACUUAAGAUGCAAUACCAUUAGUACUGGUGCCUGCUUUAAUUUAUUUUUAGUUUUAAAAGAAACAUUUGGAAUCAAUUAAGGGAGCAAAAUGUUAACGAGAAACAGAAUUCUUAAAAUAAACAGUGUCCUGUGUGCUGGUAACAAAAACCCUUUGUUUCAUUCAUUUUCUAUACUUGUAAAAGCACCACUCAUCAUUCUAAAUGUUUUAUAAAUCACAGUUGCCCAAUGAGUUCAAUUUCCAAACUGUUCAAAAUAAGAGUAGAGACAAUGCAUCUAGUUAAAGAAAGUCAACAAUUAUCUUGAGGAGUUUACCUUUGAGUUAAAAACAGCUAUUUUAAACAAACCCCAGUUUCUACAGUGGUCCUAGCCUAACUGUCAUGUAGUGAUUUUAAGGUGAUCUGCUGAGUAAUUACGUCUUACUUCUGAGUAACUUUUAUUUAGUGCCAAUGAGGUGUAGUAGCUAAUGCACUGGACCUUAAAAUCUAAAGGCUUCUAGUUCAAUUCCCACAUUUAACUCACCAUGUAAUCCUGAACAAAUCACUAAACCUGCUUGUAUUUCAGGUGUAAAAAUAUACAUAACUGUUUAAUAGCUUAAAUAGAAUAAAUUACAGUAUUUGGUUAUGUUCUGUACUCAUGAUUAUCAAAAACCUUGUUCUCAUAAUUUAUGUACUGUAUCUUCUGUGAUGAGGAUGAAAUAAGAUCCACACAUGAGGCAUUAAAUAACAGGAGUUUUGUUUUCUCCCAUGAGCCCUCCAUACUGUAUCUCUAGUUAGACAAAAUAUUAACUAAAAAAGCCAUUUUUUGCACACAUGGAGAGCAUAUGGAGGAAAAGAUCUUACUGAGUCUGUUUGAUAUUUUUAAUAGUAUUUUAUAUCUUCUAUUACUUAUUUAUUAAGGUUCUGUAUGCUACAAGCCUUAAUUGAGGAAAAAAUGUAAAGCAUAGUAAAAUGAAGAGCUAAUGCUAAUUCUGCACUUAAUAAAUAAACAAACCCAGGUCUCAAACUAAAGUGAUAUCAUCUGCAGAUAAUUUUAUAUGCAUCUCUCUUAGGCUUCAGUACUCCUUAUGCUUAUCCAGUUUUUUAGUGACUAUUGAAGUUUGCUGAUUUGCAUUCCUCUGGUGAGCUGUGUUUGAGAAUAAUGUAGGUAGUUCUGCAUUUUAUGUUUUAUUUCUAAUUCCCAUUGGAUCUUAGAUCUAGAGAGAGAGAGAGACUACCUUUAGGGCUGAAUUGUAUCAAUUUCUGUUUAAUUAUUGCCCUUGCCGCCAGUGAAUUUUUUAACAGCUUGUAUGGAAAAUUACUAAGGUAGUGGUUUCCACAUUUUUCAUAAACUAACCCAUAAAACGAAUGACAUUUAAAAGGAAUUUAAAUUAUUUGCAUUCUUGUGUAGCUGAAAAUGUCAAAUAGAGGUGUCGGCCAGGGCUCACACAUAUUAGUCAUUUUAUAUAGCACCUUUUGCAUACUCCUUUAAAAACAAGAGUAUCAUUUCACCUAUUUUCAGAACCUUCCUAUUUAAUUAAAAUGAAUCAGGAAACUGGAGUCUUUAAUCAACUGAACACCAACCCAACACAGGACACUUAUCCAUGCAACUAGCUAUACCAGUUCAGUUUAGAGCCACCAAUAGCCCUAAUCUGCACUUCGUUGCGAGGAAACCAGAAUAUAGGAGCAAAACCCAGAGAGGAAUUUGUAAAGUGCAGGCUGGCAAUGACCAGGCUUUAGAUGUAAGGUAGCAGUACCACUGUGCCAUUCUUCUCAUUUAAUAUCUACUGCAGAAAAGAAGGAAUUAGAAAUUAUACCCAUGGCUUUCACCUCAGCUAGUUCUAUCACUUGUGUUUCAGGCCUGCAGAAAGUCCUAUAGUUGGAGGACUGGAGCAGCUAUCUGCUGAGGACAAAGCUACAAUACUUCAUGUUCUGAUAUCUGGUACAUUUCAAUAUCAAACACUAUAUAUAGAAUAUUUGUCAUCACUGGCCUCAUCCAUUGGAACAAAUUAAUUCUUCAUAUGAUAUUUCAAAAUGUUUAUUUACGUUCACCAAAAUGCUCAUAAUACACUAUCAUCCAUCCGUUUUCCGAACUGGUUUAUCUGGUUCAGAGGUGCAGGGAGCUGUAACCAGGAUACUACUGUGAUACACUGUAUUAAUGUUAUUAUCAUCAAUAUAUAUUUUAUUUACUUAAAUAAAUAAACAAAAUAUUGUAAAGAGUUGAGGACCAACCAGGUAACCCAUUUUAUAAAGGCGAUCGAACGAAAAGUUAAAGCAGGAAUAAGAAUGUUUUGUAAGUCUCAGUUUCAAAUGUCUUCUGUGAGUUCAUUAUGCUGUGCAAGUGUGGUCCAAAAGGUGACAAUUUCCAGUCCAGUCCCUUUGCUUUUUAAAUAGUUCCCAGGGAGGAAAAGGCAGGACCCCUGCAGUCGUACUAUAAGUGGAGUUCUGGUCUGUGGGAAAGAGAGAAGAGAUGCUUGGCAAUCACUUUCAUCCCUGUCCAGUGGUUGACUGUACCACCUUGAUAGAGCCAGUUUGAUGCUCCCCAAGCAUCUGUGUGACAACAGAGAUAUACUUUAAUAAUAAUGAUAAGUUUUAGUUUAAAGUUUAUGUUAAUCUAGAUGCUGAAUGCACAGAAGCAGAGCAGUCAACAGACAUUAUUUAUUGGAGUUAGGGAAGGGCUACAUCGUUAUGCAUCUGCAAAGGAAAAAAGGUAAACAUUCCCACAAUGAAAAAAAAUGCCAAAAAAGUUGUACCCCUAACCUUUUUUUGUUUUUUUUUUGUUUUUUUCUACUUGGGUACAACCUUUACUUGAUUGACAUCCCUUUCUGUCCUUUCUUUUAGAACCGCAUUGGUGUAUACUGUAAUGGAUCACCAGAUACACUUUUAUAAAAUUCCUUGAUACAGGCUAAUGGAAGGAAUCACAGCUAAAAGGGAUACGCUGUGCUUUUUUUUAUUCUCUCAUCCACAUUACUUGUAAACACAGGAUUACAUUCCAUAAAACAUCAAGUGCCACCUCAGAAAAGAUGAAUUCAAGCAAUGUCAUAAACUAAUAUUCUGCUGUCUCUAACUUUGCUCUAGAUUUAUACCUGCUGCUUUUGAUUCCAGGUUUAAUCUUGAACAAAUGAAUGACUUGAGUGAAAAUCACAACAUGUCAUUUCGCUCUUAACUGGGUGCAGUGGUAAGUGACACCACCAUUUACAUCACAUAGCAUGUUCAGUGAAACGCAGAGCCGAAGCAGGCAGCAGCAUUUUGCAAUAGAGUGUCAUGCUAGACAAGCUAGACAAUAGGUGUACUGUAAAGAGCCCAGUCCAAAGAAAGUUUUUUAGAAAUGCCAGGUGUCAUUUCGGUCUUUUAACUGUUGCAUAGUCCAGCAGAGAGCUUAAACAAAUGGGCAACGGGUGAGAGAGUCAUUAGAACGUAUUAUUCAAAGUUUGUAAUUGCAGCAGUUUGCUCAUUAAUUGAGUGCUGCCUUUGGUGAAGUUCUUCUCACAAACGUGUAAUAGACUGAUGGCCAGCAACCCAUUUUUGGGACCACAGUGCUAAACUAUAUAGCAGUAUUACAAUAUGAUUCAAGCUAGAUGAUUGUUGUGCCAAGCUGCUAUUUAAAACAGCCGUGAUUUGAGAUGAUACACAGAAUUAAAUUAACAGAUCUCUUUACCAAUGAUCAAUAGACAAUACCUGUAGAGUCUGCAUGAAGCUGAUUUUUUUCAAUGACCUUGAAGUGCUGUACUUUCUUCUUCUUCUUUUAGAAGACGAUAUGGCUAACAACUGUUUUUUUCAUUUCUGUAUCAGAUUUAACACCGUGCACCAUUCAAAAAAUAAACGGCUCAGGUUGUCUUGCCGUGUAUAUGAAUGUAAAUCAUGGUUCCACUUGUUAUUUCAGAUUAAUGAGAAAUAACCAUAAUUAUAAAAAGACCACCAAAAUGUGUUUGUUUCAGGGGAACACAAGGACUGCAAGCGUUUUUAUUAAGAGAGACCUGUAUUUUUUUUUCUUGUGCCUUAGCUGCAUAUUUACUUUUCAGCUGUAUGUGACUCAGCCAAGGCUUGACCUUAUGGUGAGCCAUAUUUGUUUUGCAAUAAUGCUUUGUAAUGUCCGUAUAUAAAACGAUGAGAAAUUGUUAAAAUUAAAGUAGACAAUCUAGACUGAGAUUCAAUCCACCAGUAGCAGAUUGCCUAACUAGCAACUUGUCACAUUUGCACAAAAUCUUGGGGUGGUGAAAGCUAUGCACCGUGGUGGCACUGUGCUCAUUCAUGACCAGUUAAUCACAAGCUGACUUGCUCUUUGUACAGAGCACCCCACAAAUGAGAUAUCACCACAGAAGAGGAUCAGAACUUGUGGGAUGGUGUAGAUAUCGGGGGAUGUGGAGGAUCAUGACAGAGGCUCUGCCAUAUAGAUGACUGUACUCUGCAAAUCUUUCUACACUUAGUUUAUCAUCUUACAGCAAAAACCUGAAAGGUAUAUCUUAUAUAAUUAAAUAAAUUAAUUAAUAGAUUUAAUAUAUAUAUAUAUUAAUUAUAUAAAUAAUCCAAAAUGAUUUGGAUUAUUUAACAAUGAAAUCACCUGUGCAUUCUACAAACAGCACCAAAAAUCUGCACCAUAAUUACAAUACUCGUGACCAUUUGCCUUGGUUGACUCCAGAGCUAAAAGGGUAGGGAUGUUUUUCUUGGGGCAAAUCUUCAGUGAAAAAGCUGUGGAAUAUCCAGUAACAAUCCCUAUUUUUCUUAUUGUUCCUUGAAAUACCCCAAAGGAAAGAGUAAUAGUUAACUACAUGAAGGUGUUCAGGACAGCGAUCCUCUCGUCCACAAAAUCCUUUCAAUGUUCAGUCAAUACUGGGAGCACUGACAGGCUUCCCAAUUAUAAUGUUCUAUUUUUCCUAAUAAUUAAGAGUUUACUUUGUAUGAGGUGCUUAUAGAUCUUUCACUGAUACUAAAAUUGAUUAUUUUUAUUUGAGAAUUUCGACCUGCUUAUUCCUAUUUAUGCCUCAACUCCUCUCCUCUUCCGUUUGUUUUUACUUCAUUUUUCUUUUGUGCGUGUGUAUGAUGAAAUGUUGUUCUGUCUGUGCUGCUGGAAAAAGUUUCAGCUUCUCAUGACCCUUAAUUUGAACUUUUCACACCCCUUAAUUUGAUUAGGUAGGUUCAAAACUGGAUGGAUUGGUGCAAAACUAACUGAGAGCUUCAAGGGAAGCAUAUUUAACUAACUAAAAAAGCCAUGUUUUACCAGUCAUUCAAACCCUUUCAAAACCAAACUUUUGUUACACCAAAAAAAGAAUGUAAACCAUUUUAUUUUGACCAUUUUCAAUUAAUUUAAAUUGCUUUAAAUCUGGGUUGUUGCAAUAUCCUCUAUAAGUAAAAAAAGAGAGAGAUUCAUGGAGGGCUUCAAAAGCCUUUAAAAAUUAUGGGGCCUGCUGAACAAAAAUCUGCCCCUUUUCUAAACUGAAUUUGUGUUACUCAGGGCAUAUGAUGGUAUAGUUAAGGAAACAUCCACACCUAUUUACACUAUAAAAGUUAAAGCAAUCACAAAUCACUUUACAGAAGACAGGGUUUCAGAGGGUUGACUCUUCAGAAAGUUACUUUGGUUUGACUAUUAAAACACAAUGUAUUGAUUUGGUGUGCCUUGGUUUCCCUAAACCUAACAUGUCAGAAGCAGUCUUUACUUCCACAAUCCCUCUUCAGCAUGUCCAUAAGAGUGCAGCUUCCCAGACCUUUAUCGUUCCUAUGCCAAUGCCAACACAGCGCCCUGAUUCCUAUAACCUUCCCAGAUAACAGCUAAUAUCCAUGCCAUCUAAGCGUCCCUGUUCUAAUAUCAUCAUCUUGGCUCAAGGUGUCAAGAUUGAAGUCAUUCUGUUGUUACACAGCAUGAUACCAUACCUCAAAGCGAUGAAGCCAGUAAAUUAAUGGCAAAAAUCCAAGACUAGUGACAAGGGGUCCCAAUAAUUUGGUGUCAGUUACCCCAUCACUGCCUCACAGAAAGCUGUGUCGUAAAUGUAACCUUUCCUUAUUUAUUUAAAAAUAAACUUCUUCUGUAAGGAAGCACAUAAUAAAACUGGCUCAUGCACAGAAAGUCAGAUUUUAAAAUUCACAUAAUGCUAAUCUCGUGUAGGAGGAAUGUUACAACUACAGUAUUGAGAUUGCCUCAAGGAGCAAGGUGUUCUGUUAUGAUACGUUUUUACUUAUGUACCACCGGCCCUUGUUGGCCAAAAAAUGCCCUUUAGUUAGUCCCUCCACUGCCUAUUGCACCCAGUGUAUGUUCCUUAUAGGCAAGGUGCAUUGGCCAGCAUGGAAUGGGUAAUUCCCUUGGGUUCUGGAAUGCAUUUUUCUCCAUGUAGGGAUCAGAAGCGAAAAGGAAUACAGAAAUGUAAUCAGUCGAACCUGACAAGGCAGGCCUCUUACUUGAAUAAGUCAUAUUCCUUUAAGAUGCUUUAUGUAUUUAAAUUAUUGUUUAAUUUUUUAUGCAUUUACGGAAACUGAAAAAACUGUGUUUCUAAAGAAUGUGUAUUCUAUUUUGUUGCAAUUAAUUGAUUUCCUCUGUAAUUAUUAUUUACUGCUUCAGAAAUAUAGAAAUGAUGUUUGCAAAUAAAUGUUUUAUUGGCAUUACAGUUUAA